AUGCUGAAUGGUUUAGGAGUUUGGGAUAUAUUCUUGACACUCACCACACUUACGCGCGGUUACCUGAUAUGGAAGGUGGUUAACUUGCUGACACGCAGUACCACUGGCAGUACCAAUGUUUAUCAAGAGAUUUGUGGUCAGUGGGUCCAAACAAACACAUUAACAAUGGAUAACGCGGAUUGGGGCACCUUUGUUCGCUACGCCCAUCGCGUCAAAUCCAUCGUCAUCCAUAACGACUCCUUGUUUGGCAAUUGCAAAACCAUCGAUGUCUCUAUUUUGCGAGCGUUAAGCAUGCCGCCUAUCCCACCCGCGUCGAUAUUAUUUCCACAGCUACGCCAACUGGUGUGCUAUGACAGAAGAGAUGAAAUCUAUCCCUUCGUACGACUUCUCUUUGGACCAAAACUUACUAAAGUGGAUGUACGCUUAGAGGCAUCGCGGUCGGCACAGCUAGCUGUUCUCCCCUCCCUUGCUGCGUGGUGCCCAUCAGUCAAAAAAGCGGAAUUGCGCGUCUGGCGGGAGAGGCCGUUGGGCGCUGGUGGUAUAAACGAAGUGAGAGCAUUAUCGGAUGUUGUAUGCAAGUGGAGGCACUUGGAGCAGCUGAGCUGUGGGGUCGGGUGUCUUGACGACAAAGCGAUCCUUCAUUUGGGAAAGUUGAACUCUCUGCGGUCUCUGCAGCUCAGGAUUUCCUCACAUCUGACCUAUCACAGCGUCCGGCAAGCUGAGCAUGGUCCACUAUUCCAAUUUCUUGACCAUAUCCAUAUGGUUGCCAUAGACUCCUUGUCUUCUUGCACAUCUUUUUUCCCACUUUUUUCAUCCUUGCCGCCAAAUAUCACGAUCUCACCUUAUGCUCCCUAUCGUUCGGAGGGCCUAUGCGAUUUGUUCACCGACCUGUCUGUCCAUGAAUCGUCUGGGGUUCUUGAAGAUGUAUCGGUUGAAGAUCACUUUCAAUCCACUGCGCCGGAGGAAGUAUUCACCAUCGAAACACUGCGACCUCUUUUGGGUCUUCAUCGUUUGCGUAUACUCAGUCUCGAAACGUUCUAUUCGUUUUCGCUGGACGACAAUGCGUUGAAAGAAAUUGGGUCCGCAUUUCCCUUGUUAGCUGAGUUGUCGUUAACGGCAGACCGUGGAUCUAACCGACACUCAAAGAUCUCCGUUAACGGUCUUAUCACAUUACUGGGACUCUGCCCUCAUCUUACAUCUUUAUCCCUGACCAUCGAUGCCACAAGAGUUGACGAUAUAGAACCUGAACGUCGACCUGGAGGAGGCAUAUCCAACCUUAAUAUUGAUACACUUCGCCUAAAUGACUCGAAGAUCAACCACCCCAGAAUUGUGGCUGCCAUAUUAUUCGAUGUUCUUCCUUAUGUAGAUGUUUUUGCAUGGGAAUGGGGUGCUCACUUUGAUGAGUCUGAUGCUGAGAUUUAUAGGCCGAGGUGGGUCGAAGUCCAGGCGUUACUUGGCGCUUUUAGGACAGUACAGGAAUGGCGUCAGCCUGGAUUUUUACCAAUGUGAUGGAUGUUGAUGUCAUAGCCCUUCACAAAAAGUCAACGAGAUCUGUUAAAGCCCGCGCUAACUAU